AUCAUAGCAUUUGGCUUGAUGCGAUGAGCCGCCGCAGAGAAAUGUCUGGCGAGACAUUCGAAAUGGAAAACUUGAUGUCUCGCGAGGCCAUCAAGAGAGCAGAGCAGCGGCCUCACCAGACCAUCAUCAAGAUUGUAGAGCCAGCGGCGCCUCACGCCAGCGGCGCCGACGACUUCUACGCGCCCGCCGUCUCGACGCAAUCGCCAAUCGUGCGAAGUUUGGCACAGGCCAUCGAGAGGAACGAUGCACAGUCGCUGCAGCAAAUCCUGAAUGCUGGCGACCAUCAUGACAUUGAGAUCAGAGAGCAGCUGUUGCUGCACAAGGCGGUGCUGAAGGAAGGCAAAUGGUCAUUUGAACUGCUGAAACUUCUGCUACCUCACGCAACGGAGGAAACACUGUUUACUCGGAACGACAAAGACAAAACUGUCCUCCACGUGGCUGUAGAAAACGCACUUGACGAAUCCUCGAAAUUAAUCAUUGAGAAAAACCAUGCUUUGCUUGCUGAAACUGAUGCACAUGGAAAUACGCCACUGCAUUACAUGGUAAAACAUGAUCAAACAAAGCUGUGCUCUAUGGUUCAGGAUUACCUGACGCCUGAGGUCAUAAACCAAAAGAACAAGGAAUCCUUCACUACCAUUCACGCGACAGCGAUCAAAGGAAGCCCCAAUAUCAUGAAGAUUUUAUUGGAGCGUGGAGGAAACCCAAUGGAGUUGACCGAAGCGAAGUAUACCCCACUUCACUUGGCCGCGCACCACAAGUCAGAGCAAUGCGUCGCACAUCUUUUAAAAGCCGUGCAAAAAAUGAAUAAUUCCCAAGCAGGAAAUCGCGAUUCAACGCUCGAAUUCAAGGACAUGCGCACCAGCAACGGACGCACGGCUCUGAUGCUUGCUGCCGAAUUGGGAUACUUGGGCAUUUGUAAGAAACUUGCGGGCACUGACGUGAACAUGAGAUGUUCGGACGGUAAGACUGCCCUGCACUACGCGGCGUCCACGGGCAUCGAACGAGUUAUCUCCUAUUUGGUUGAGAAGCUUGGAGCAGAUUGUUCAAUAAGAGACAAUGAAGGUUUUCUACCGUUAGUGUCAUCAGCUGCUCACGAUCCAGAGGGUUUCGCAUACAUGCUGGAAAAAACUCCAGAAGAUCUCCUGAAUGAGAAAGUCAUUAAAGAAAUCAUUGAUCAGGCCGCUAAGAAAUCGUUGAAGAACUUCGAAAUAAUGGCUAAUAAAGCAGAAUUUCAGAAACAUUUGGAAGCAUUUCGCGAUAACUCUAAAAAUAGCUUACUUCAUAUCACCAUUGGUAAUGGAAGUUUUACAUCCGCAAAAGCUUUGAUGGAAAGCACCAAAGUGAACAGAACGGAAGCAAACAAAGAUGGCGACACCCCGCUGCACUUAUUGGCAAAGAAAAAUGCGCCAACAUCUGAGCCCCAAAAAGAGGGAAGACGAAUAGUUCGGAACGAGUUGCUGCGAAGCGCCAAAGAGAUUGUAAACUUACCCAACAAGAAGGGGGAAACCCCUUUGUUCUUGGCGUCAAAGUUCGGAGUUCGGGAUAUUCUCUGCUCUGUUCUACAGAACAAACCUGAUGUCCUGAAAUGCACAAAACGAAAUCCCAGCAGUGCAGUGCACAUUGCCGCGCAGAGUGGACACGAUGAAUGCUUGCGGCUGCUUCUCCGCAAUCUGGAGCCAAAUGAUUUUAGCAAACUUAGAGAAAUGGAACGUCACCCACUGCAUUUGUCUUCCAGGAAUGGCCAUUUGGAAUGCUCGAAGCUCCUCCUGACAAAUUCUUUGGGCGACGAAAAUUAUCUGGAAAAUUUGAGAUGCAAGACCAAGGAUAAAGCUGGUCAUGAAGGUCAUUAUCCUGUAGACGAAGCAUUUCACGGCAAGCAUGGUGAGCUUUUCAAAUACCUGCUUUCCCAAAUGGAAAUCGAUAAAAACGACGAUUUGUGCGUCCGACUACACAGAUACUUCAAGCAGUGCCUGAAGAAAGCAGACAUAACUGGCGAGAAUCAGACAGCUAAGGAUUCAGCCACGAAGAAGCAGACAGCCAAGGAUUCAGCCUCGAAGAAGCAGACAGCCAAGGAUUCAGCCUCGAAGAAGCAGACAGCCAAGGAUUCAGCCUCGAAUAAGCAGACAGCCAAGGAUUCAGCCUCGAAGAAGCAGACAGCCAAGGAUUUAGCCUUGAAGAAUCAGGCGGCCAAGAAGUCCGCCAGAGAGAGACAGGAUGCCGAAAAUAACUCGUUCAAAAAAACGGUUCUUGAAGCAGUGAUUGAGAGUCCGUGGUGCCCCGUUGCUUUUAACGCACAAUUCUGUAAUAAUAUUCACCAGCAUGUCUCCAAUAGCAACCAGAAAGAUGUUUCUGAAGAAGUAAAACCAUGUGAAUCCUUUGCAUUGCUCAUCACACAACACCCGGAUUUGGCCUGCCGAGCAAUGGAGAAACACAUUUCUCUAGACGGCAACAGGGAACUUCACGACUAUACUCCUUUUGAGUGCUUCUAUUACAGGAUAAAAGAUAAUCGAGUUCGGUCUCCAUUCACGGAAAUCAGUCAUGACAAUCCAGUAACUGAUCAAGAGGAAAAUGAAGAUCGUCCUGGCAGUUCUAUAUAUAGAACGGUGCGCCAGUUAUGGGCGCAGAUGUCAUGCUCGGCUGCGUCUAACGAACAGAACAAUUUGGAAAAUGAUGCAAAAGAAUUCAGCAAUACGCGCUGGUCCAGAGAUCAUCCUCUCCUGAAGGCUGUUGGAAAUCGCCAGGAAGAUGGCAGCCGAGUGCUGCGUCAUAGACUAACCAUCUCAUGGCUGCUGAACAAGUUUCGCUACGCUCGAUGGAUCUUGUACGGCUACCUGGCACUUGACGUCCUAACCGCCAUCGUCGUGAUCUGCCUCUUAACCUUCACUUGGGAGUCGCAACGUCUGCAGCGCACCUUCAGCGGCGUGACGCGCCUGCAGGUGAUGCAGGCUUACGAGGACAUUAGCUCUCCUGCCGGCGACGUGCUGGCUGCUGCUGAAGCCGUGAAGCUGAUGGCUGACAACGACACCCACUGCAGCUCCUGGGGAAAAGCCAGCUGGGACUCAGCAGGCGAAAUGGAGGUUUCGUCCGCCGCCUGGAACCGCUCAGUAUGCGCCGUUCAUCACCUGCAGCAGUACGCACCGAGUGUCGUCGUCUUGGAGGUCCUCACUAUCAUACUGCUUAUCGUCCAUGUCCUCAUCGAGUACAAAUUUCUUGGCAGAGUCUCUAGUGUGGCAUUUCCGAAGUGUUUUUCCUCGCUCUUUUCUUUGCGUCAUUGUGGCACCACAAGCGCAUCAACUGAGGACGUUCACGGAGUCGGGCGUCUGCUGCGUCUUGUGGCGCUGGGGCUCCUCUUGCUGGCGCUGAGUCCAUGUGACUUUUUCCUGGGCUGCCGACAGACCAUCGUGUGGCAGCUGGAAGUGCUGGCAGUGCUGCUGGUGUGUGUUCACGUUGUGGCAACUCUGAACAAGAUUCCUCGGUUCUCGGGACUUAUACCCAUUGAUACCAUGCCAUUAUUUCGCUUCAUGCUGCUUCUUCUGCCCCUUUUCCUCUUUUUGCUCGCAUUUGCCGUGUCUUUUCAUUUUAUCUUUUUGGAUAACACGACUUUGGGUUAUAUACCUUACUCUUAUGUAAAGACCAUCACGCUGAUGCUCGGCGAAUUCGAUUACGAUGAUACUUUUGCUUACAAUAACACCAAAGGAUCGUCGUACCCACACCUGUCAAACAUGUUGUUAGUUGUCUUCAUUCUCUGCAUCAUAGGAAUCGUACUGAAUUGUGUAUCUGGAGGCGUCACAAAGAAGAUCGAUGAACUAAGGAAAAAGGAGCAAGUAAAUCGAGCGAUAGCGCUACUUCGCACCCACCUGCUUAUCGAUGAAUGCGUGCCGACAUUGCGCAGAAAAUAUGCUUGUUCACUUAAAAUUUACGAGAUGAACUGGCGAUCGUCUUAUGAUAGUUCAGAAAUGUUCCUUGAGCAGGAAAGGGAAGCUUCAGCACAGGGUCUCCAGCUGACGAAGAUAGCUCAUCAACUGACGAAAAUGGAGGCGAAGAUAGUUCAACUGACGAAAAUGGAGGCGAAGAUAGUUCAAGUGACGAAAUUGGAGGAAGACAUUAAGGAAAUCAAGUACUCUGUAUUGACAUCCGAACGGCAACAAAAGCAAACGUCUGAAAAUGAACUCCAACUGACGGAGUAGGGAAAAAGAUGAAAGAGUUGAAGAAUGUAUCCAACUUCUCCUAUAUCAUUCAUCGGCAAAACACAUUUUGACAGGAGACAUGCUCAGCUGAAAAUGUACCAGGAAAUUAUUAGCGAUUUAUACUCGUAUUUCUACAUAUUUUAAAAGGUGGUUGUCCUCAGAUUUGCAAUGUUUAUCGACGUUGCUUAGGCGUGAAUGCAAGGCCAGUUGAUCAUGAUUCACGCGUUUUUACGGUCAUAGGUUGACGCCGCUAGUUUCAUCGGCUAAUAAGCGUGUACAAGUGGCCAGAAUGUUAGGCCAAUUGAGAAAUUUAUCUGUAGUUUAGGAGCUAAACUUCAACUCCUAAAAGCUCUGACAUAACUUUGUUUUUUUUUUGUAGAAGAUUGUAAUCAAAAAGUAUUUUGGAAUUGAUUCAUGUAUACAUUUCUUAUACAUUUAAUCGAAAUCAUGAUUGAAAUAAAUAAUUAAUAUGGUAUUGAUUUUCGGUCUAUAAUAUGACAUUUUAGAAUUUAGAAGGUAAUACACACUAUAUUUAUAACCUAAUAUGAUUAAUGUUAUACAAAAAAUGGCAAGGCGAAUACAAGAUUUAUGGGAUUUUUGUCGAGUCUAAAAGUCAUGCUGGAGGCCCCAAUCGAUAUUAAUUAUCAAGCAGGGAAAGACCAAUGUUUUCAAUAAAUAUCUUAUAAUGACUAAGUGAGAAAACGAUGUUUUCAGUGUUCAAGGGUCUUGAUUUGUAAUAAACCUCAUCGAUUUAAACAUAAUCAAUGAAAAAUAAAAGCUAAUCAAACAGCACAAAGUUGGUCCAACGUGCACGCCCUUUUGAUUGAUUUUAGCAGCCCGUGGGAAAGAUUUCUAUGUUUUUUCUUCUAUUUCGAUGUUGAUUCUGGGUUCAUGAUCAUGGUACCUACUGCAAGGACUGUGUAAUGGUAUUACGUUGUAUAGACUCCAAUCAUAAAGAGUAUUUAUACAUCGAAAAUUUUUAAAGUGAAAAUUAUUAGUAAUUUUGUCAUAU